GUUCGGAUAAACGACAGGGAGACGAAAGACCCACACUUCACAACCGAGGCUAUCGGCAAGGAAAAGGCCAUUGCCAGAGACGGGAUUCAUGGGUUACAUUGGUUAUUCAGUGGAUGUACCUGGCAGUAUACUUCACAAUGGAAACAAUACAAUCUUUCUGAAACAGUCGAGAGGCAAAAUCCCUUGGAAAGGACACAU